AUGGAGUGUUGGUGGUCCUUGACCCGACUCCCCCUCAAAUGCCUCACCAAGCCAAUGAUGAAGCUCGGAGACAUGCACCAAUCCCCCUCAUCCUCCUCAUCCUCAAUGAACAGCCAAACUAAGUUCUUAUCCAUCUCGGGCGCUGCCGCUUCGACACCGUUUGCUAACUUCAGUAAGAUCGGCAAUCCCUCCGGACGGCUCAACUUUGGCGGAAAGGCCGUCGUCCAUUCCCAUGGCAGAGACAUCAAGAUACACACCGCCACAGAUGGCGAGUGGGUCAAGCCACUGCUUCUGUUCCAGGGUGUUUGCGCACGCCCUCCGGCCGGCCCCCACUACGGUGGGCUACCUACCGGGUUAGGCGCGUUCACCCCACCUACCCACACUCGGCCCUCUUGGGAAGCACGUCCGGAUAGGACCGGCUUCCGGGAGGUCCUAGGCGCCCUUAAGAAGGCGCCGAACGAGUACAGGAGCUACAAGCUCGCAGCAAGAGUUUGA